CAGCCACAGGUAUCCUGGAGCGAAGCAGUCUAGUUAGAAAGGGGCAGACUUACCCAUCACUCUAGUAGCUUUAACCCUCACCCCAGGCACCUUAGCAGUCAGCCUUUGCCUGCAAGCCUAAAGGCUUAUCUUUGCCUCAGAUGGAGCCCAAAGAAGCCACUGGGAAAGAAAACAUGGGCACCAAGAAAAAGAAUCUGACCUUCUUGAGGCCCAGACUCUAUAUGCUGGAGAGAAGGAAGACUGACACUAUGGUUGAGAGCAGUGUUUCUGGGGACCACUCUGGUGCCUUGAGGAGGAGCCAGUCUGACAGAACAGAAUACAACCAGAAACUACAAGAAAAGAUGACUCCACAGACCGAGACCUCUGCUGCUGAAGCCCCAAACUCAGAGGAAGAGCAUCAGAGGAGGAGGAUGAUGGCAAAGCGGGCAAAAAUCAUCAGGGAACUGAUACAGACAGAAAAGGAUUAUCUCAAUGAUCUAGAGCUGUGCAUUCGGGAAGUGGUCCAGCCCCUGAGAACUAAACAGAUUGAUCGGCUGGAUGUGGAUAGCUUGUUUAGCAACAUUGAAUCCGUGCAUCAGAUAUCAGCCAAGCUGCUGCUGUUGUUGGAAGAGGCCACGACAGACGUGGAACCGGCCAUGCAAGUAAUCGGAGAAGUAUUCUUGCAGAUUAAAGGGCCACUGGAAGAUAUUUACAAAAUCUACUGCUAUCACCACGAUGAAGCGCAUUGUGUUCUGGAGUCCUAUGAAAAGGAGGAAGAGCUGAAGCAACAUUUGAACCACUGUAUCCAGUCCUUAAAGAAAAUAUACAUGCAAGAAGGCAAACCAAACUUAUUGGACAUGGGCUCUUUGAUGAUCAAACCAAUUCAGCGUGUGAUGAAAUACCCCUUAUUACUGUGCGAGCUUCGGAAUUCUACCCCUCCCUACCACCCAGAUUACAGAGCACUGGAGGACGCCUUUGCUGCUGUGAAGGACAUUAAUGUUAACAUCAACGAACUGAAAAGAAGGAAAGAUUUAGUUUUGAAAUACAAGAAGAAUGAUGAGGAUGAAUCACUUAAAGACAAACUGUCUAAACUAAAUAUUCAUUCAAUUAGCAAGAAAUCAAAAAGAGUGACAAAUCAUCUAAAGAUUCUGACCAGAGGAGAAUCACAGGUGAAAGACAAUACCUUUAACAGAGAAGAAAAGCUAUUUAGAUCUUUAGAAAAGACUGUGAGGCACUGUGUGAGGAACAUUUCGUUCUGUCUUCAACACAUACAGGAUGCCAUGCCUUUGGCUCUGCAGAGUGUAAUGAACCUCCGAGAGAUUUCAUACGGUAAAGAUGAAGAGGAGAGGGGCUAUUCAGAGACCCUGAGUAAUGCCUCAAAUCCCUGUCAUGACUUUGCAGCUCACUUACAGAGACUCAUCCUGACCCCGCUGUCAGCCCUGCUGUCCUUAUUCCCAGGGCCUCACAAGCUCAUCCAGAAACGCUAUGACAAACUGCUGGACUACAACAGCUACCUGCAACGGUCUGCAGGAGAUGAGUCAGACUUGGCCAAAAGGGAAUAUGAGGCCCUCAAUGCCCAGCUGGUGGAAGAGCUCCAGGUGUUCAACCAGGCUGCUCUGAGGAUUCUGUUGAACUGCCUAUGCAGCUUCAUCACCCUUCUCCGGGACCUGAUGCUCCUGGCACAGCAGGCUUAUUCCACGGUGGUGCCGGUGCCACUGUUGGUCUCAAGCAUUUCUGAGAUUCACAGUCGAGUACUAGAAGAAGUUCAAAAUCUAAAUUUUGUAAAAGACAACAGUGCUACCUUUAUUGAGAGGAAACUUAGUUUUGAAAAGAAGAAGCCUGUGCAGAUUCCGCCAGAACUGCCACGUCAGAAUGACAUUCACCGCUCCAAACUUCUGUCUACAUACAGCGCAGAGGAACUUUACCAAGCUAAGCGCAAGUGCAAUGCUACACAAGAAUAUGACAUCAAUCUUCUGGAAGGAGAGUUGGUGGCUGUGAUAGAACAGAAAGAUCCACUGGGGAGCACAAGCAGGUGGCUUGUUGACACAGGAAUUGAAAAAGGGUAUGUGUAUUCUUCCUUCCUAAAACCCUACAAUCCAGCAAAAAUACAGAAAGUGGAUGCUGAGAACAGGUUCUGUGACGAUGAUUUUGAUAACAUCAGCCUCUUUGUGUCUUCACGGCCAGCUAGUGACAGUGUCACAGGAACCCCAGAAAGCAGCAUAAGUGAUAGCAGCUCAUCUCUUAGUGGCACAUGUGGAAAGUUGGAAACUAACGGUACUGAUGUUGACAGUUUUCAAGAAGUAGAUGAACAGAUUUUCUAUGCAGUUCAUGCUUUUCAAGCACGGAAUGACCAUGAACUCAGCCUUCAGGAAUACCAAAGAGUCCAUAUAGUUAGGUUUUGUGACCUAAGUGGCAAUAAAGAAUGGUGGUUAGCUGAAGCUCAAGGGCAGAAAGGAUAUGUACCAGCUAACUACCUUGGGAAGAUGACUUAUGCAUAAGAAAAUAAGCCUUUGACCUAUUUUCUCGCAAGCUGCUGAUUGACAUCUCAUAAAACUGACUUACAAAGCUUUGGACCAGAAAGCAGGAAACCUCCAAACUACAUGAAUUGAUACUGACUGUAUCAGGUUUUGAGGAAGACUGGACUUCCUAAUGAAAUUAUUUCAUGAAUGUCUUAUAAAGAAUUCAUGUUAAAGGAAUAUUAAGCUAAUAGAAACAGCAAAGCAAAAAGCCCAAGCUCCAACUAUCAACUAUAUAAAAGUGGAGAUCUUUUGAAAAGGUAAUGUGUUUUUUAUCAUCAUGACAGGCUGGAUCUAAGAAUAAGUUUUUCAGCUUAUUAUAAUUUUUUUAUUAUUUUCUCAAAUAUGCUUUUGUUUGUCAUAUUUCUCUCUUGCAAAUGCAUGCUUAUUUAUAUACAUACACAAUAUAAAUCCAAAUAUAUUAUGCAGUUUAUAUGUAUGUAUAUAAUACAGAUUAUACACAUAUAUGUUUAAGCCACAGAAUAUACUAAAUACAUAAAUGGGAAUUAAUUAAAAGCCAACUGAUAGUCUUUAAUGUGAAACCUUCCUUUAAGUUUUGAACCAAUGGAAAAAACCGAGUAACUCGACAUUAAUAUCUAACAUUUGCUGAAUCCAAACCACAUUGCAGACAUCGUUCUAAGUGCUUAAUAUGUAGUUACUUAUUUGAUACUCAAAAGUUAUGAAGGAACUGCUGCCCAAAGAGGUGAAGUAAUUUAGCCCAAGUCACAUUGCCAGUAAGUGGUGGGGCUGGGACUCAAAUCUAGGUAGACUAGUUCCAGGAUCCAUGCUCUUAACCACUACACUGAACUCUUCCAGUAAGUGUAUUCUCUUGCUAACUGGAAGGCACUUAGUGAUGCAAAUAAUAAACCCUGAUGAGGGCCAUUUUUCUCUCAGGCUUAUAGUUAAAUGUUUAUUAGUUCUUUCAAAUUAAGGAUUAUAUUUUUUUGCCGUUUUUGUCUGGGGCUGGGUAUGAACCCACCACUUCCAGUAUACGGGGCCGGUGCCCUACUCUUUGAGCCACAGGCACCGCAGAGGGGAAGGGAGAGGGGUGGGUUGACGGAGGGUUAGUAGGGGACCACACCUGUGGAGCACAUUGCAAGUACAAGUUGGAUCCAUCAGACGUAGAACACAAAUGUCUUACUGCUGUAAUUGAGUAAAUGAGGUGAAAGCUAUGUUGAUUAGUAGGAUAUAAGCACCCCAACUUAUACAAAUAAUCAACACAUCGAAUCCCAUAACGGCAUAAAUGUAUUUAUGAUCUAUGUACAAAUAACUGAAUAAAAAAAAUUAAGGAUUAUAGGGCUUCCUAGAGACAAUAAAGUAUCUAGGUUUAUUUUUGUUUUGUUUUAAGCAUUUUUGAAAGUAUAAUUCCUUAAAAAUCAUCCCACAUAAUUGCUAAUGAUACUUAAUGAGCAUAUAUUUUUGGAUCACUCAAUUACUUGGAUGAAUGGGAAUGGUAUAUCCAGUUCUGAGCCAAGAUGUAAAUAUUUUUAGUUGCUGAUUUGAACUUAGAUGAGGCAGGCAUUGAGGAUAACAUUUGCUAUACCACAACGUCCUGGGACACUGAACUUUAAUUUGGGUAGUGACUGUUAGGAUUUCAGACGUACUUUUUCCAUACAUUUUAAUAAACUAAAGAUGCUUCUUGGAACAACAACAAAAAAAAGAUUAAACCACUUCAGUGGUUUCCUUUAAAAAUCAAAUUAAGGUAGCUUUCCAUUGUCCAUAACAAAAAAUGCUAGUAUGACAUUAAUUUUAAGAUUGAUCAUAUGGGCACAGUGGGUCAUGCUUGUAGUCCUAACACUCGGAGGCCAACGUGGGCAGAUCACUUGAGCUUAGGAGUUUGGAGACCAGUCUGGGCAGAAGUGAGAUCCCAUCUCUACUAAAAAUGAAAAAACUAAAAGAAAAAAAAAAAAAAGGAAAAAAACUGAGGCCAGAGGAUCAUUUGAGCCCAGGAGUUUGAGAUUGCUUUACCAAGGGUGAUAGAUGAGAUUCUGUCUCAGGGAAAGUGGAAAAAAAAAAAAAACAAACCUUAAUUUGAAAGAUUUAUUGAUUCUUAUAAUGUAUACUAUGUUAUAUUACCAAAGAAUAUAAAUAACAAAAUGAAGAGUGCUAUUUUUCAGAGGGCUUCUGACUUAUAACACGCACACAAAUGACACAAUCACAGAAAUUUCUAAGACAUUUACAUGACAGAAAUAUUUGCAUUUUAGGAUAAUUUUCCUAAAAUCAUUUAAUCUUGAGGUGGUUUUGUAAGGUUCUACUAGUAAGUUGUUUUGCAUAAAAUAUUUUCUUAUUUUGAAUUGGGUAGUGAAAGAAGACUCUUUUUUAGAAAUACAGAUACUUUUUAUGUCUUUUAAUUACUCUUUGCACCCAAUUUUAAAACAUAACUAAAUUAUAGUUUGCCUAGAGUAAGGAAUCCAAACUGACUACUGAGGAAACUAUGAGCAUGCAAAAUAAUAGGGAAAUUUUAUAUACAUAUAUAAUUACAUAUA